AUGUCCCAAGCAUUAGACCAGAAGCCCGACAUUGGGCCGGACGCUUGUUUGACUCGAAGCGAAGAGAAGUUGGGACCAGACAACAAACAUGGCGAGGUUGCGAAUGUGUACCCUGAGCCAACGCCCGAGGAGGAGCGUGAGCUCCUACGCAAGAUCGACCUUUAUGUGCUGCCUAUGAUGUGCUUUGUCUUCUUCCUCCAAUACUUGGACAAGCAGAGUCUGAGUUACGCUAGUAUCUUUGGUCUGAUUCCUGAUCUAGGACUGACCAAGCAUCAAUACUCAUGGACCUCGUCCAUCUUCUAUGUCGGCCAGCUCGUUGCUGAGUAUCCCUUUAUCUAUCUCAUGAGCCGCCUGCCUCUGACCAAAUUCGUUGGCGCCACUGUUAUCGUCUGGGGCGCUGUUUGCCUAUGUCUUGUAGCUACCAACAACUUUGCUGGCUUUGCGACUGUUCGCUUCUUCCUCGGUUUCUGGGAGGGAGCCGUGUCUCCAGCAUUCAUCACAUUGACGAGCAUCUGGUAUCGUAAGAACGAACACGCUACUCGCACCGCUCUUUGGAUUACAAUGAAUGGCCUCGCUCAGGUCAUUGGCUGUCUUCUCAUGUACGGCAUCGGUGUCAACAAGUCAUUAGGUCUCGCCCCCUGGCGCACCCUCUUUCUUGUAUGCGGAGCGCUCACGGCUUUUGCCGGUGUGCUGUUCUUUUUCUUCAUGCCAAGCUCGCCAAAAAACGCAUGGUUUCUCACGGAGCGCCAAAAGCAGGUGCUGUCAAUGCGCAUGGCCAAAGACCGCGAGGGAGGUGACAAGACAUCAUUUUCUAUUGCGCAACUAAAGGAGGCCUUGUUCGACAUCAAGACUUGGUUUGUGUUUUGGUUCGGUGUGCUCGUUACAAUGCAGUCGCCUGUAUUAACCUUUGCCUCACUCGUCAUCAACAACAUUGGGUAUGAUCGCUACCAAACCAUGUUGUACAUGGCACCUUCGGGUGCUGUGCAGAUUUCAUUGGUUUGGGUCGGUGUCCUUGGCUGCAUGUGGUUUCCAAACAACCGAACAUACGUUGCGUUGGCGCUUGUCAUCCCCCCGCUGAUAGGUACGGUUCUGCUCCUCAAGCUGUCGCUCGAUGCAGGAUGGGGCAUGAUCGCUGCUUCAUGGCUGGCCUCUUGUAUAACAGCCGUCUGGUCUAUCCUGCUGUCCCUCACAGCGUCCAAUGUCAAGGGUAACACGAAGCGCGCCAUUGUCAAUGCCAUGUUUUUCAUCGGACAUUGCGCUGGGUGUAUCGCCUCUCCUCAGCUCUGGACCCAGGCGCCGCGCUACUUCUCCGGCGUUGUAACAAGCAUUGUUACUUGGUGCACACUAUUCGUAGUGAUUGCGUCAUAUCGUUUCGUCUGUCUUCGCGAUAAUAACAGCCGCGAAGUCCGUGGUGUCGAAGGCUCUGAAGACAGGCAUUCGCCAGUUGUCUUGGAUGGAAAUGGCGCACCAGAGACGGAUAUGACCGAUAAGCAGGACCGGGAGUUCAGGUACAGCGUCUAA